AUGACUGAACGUUAUCUGAAAAACACACUGAACCUUCCAAGGAUCAACGAUUUCGAUCCUAAAAGGCUUGAUCAUUUUAUAAAGCUCAACACUGAAAAAAUUCUUUACAACUAUACAGUAUCACACUACUCUCGAGACUAUGAUGUAUUUUGUGCUUUUACAUACUUUCAUUUACAUCAAAUCGACCCCAAUUUGACUAUUGCAGGCGAUAAAGUUGGCGUUUUGUGCACAACAUAUCUUUCAGCCGCAUUAUCUGCGGUGAAGAAAACUAUAGAAAAACACGUCGGAUUUUUGGGAAGUCAUGUUGGACCUUUAGCUUUAGCCGUAGUGGUUUAUCAUAUCAUAGAGAAUAAUACUGGCGAAGCUUUAAGUUAUAUGAAUUUAAUUCUUGAAAAGUAUCACCCUUUGGCAGUAAAAGAGGAAUCUAACGAAUUGUUGUAUGGAAGAGUUGGAUAUCUUUACGCGUUAAAGUUUAUACAAAAGCAUUGCUUUGAUAACGCAAAUAUUAUGCAAAGAUUAACAGAUGAUACAGUUAAAGAAAUUUUUGAACUAAUUAUUGUAGAAGGUCGAAAAGGUGGAUUAGAUUCUGAUGAUGAUGAGGAAAUUUACGAUGAGGAGAAAAAUGAGAGACCACCGUUAAUGUGGAGUUGGCAUGGCCAGGAAUAUCUUGGAGCCGUGCAUGGAGUUGCCGGUAUUGUUGCUAUUUUGCUACAAUUUAAAAAGAUUGCUGAGCCAUAUUUGGAUGAUUUAUUUCAAACAAUGGAAUGGCUAGUUAAAGUUGCAUUUAAGAAUGGAAAUUAUCCAGCGAGCUUACAAUCAACCCAUGAUGAUCUGGUUCAAGUAUGUCAUGGAGCUUCGGGAAUUGUUCCGGCAUUUUUGAAGAUAUAUGAGUUAUAUCCAACACAUGCAACUUCUUCAACUUUAUUAUCUGCAGCUGUCAAAUCAUCCGAUUUGAUAUGGGAACGUGGAAUUUUGAAAAAAGGUCUUACGGGUCUUUGUCAUAAUGCUCUUGGAAAUGCUUAUUCAUUUCUUCUUCUCUAUCUCGUUAAUAAAAAUGAGGAGCAAUUACAAAGGGCACUUGCAUUUGGAAUUUAUGCGAGUCAAUGGGAAGAAGAAACCAAAAAACGACAUGUCAAAGUUCCAGAUAGACCUUGGAGUUUAUGGGAAGGUCUUGCUGGUGGAGUUAUGUUUUGGACGGAUUUAUCAACAGUAUUGAAGGAUAUACAAGUAAAUCGAGGACUGACAGUGGCCCGAGAAAAAGUUCUAGGAUUUCCUUGCUUUACUGAUUUGUAA